AGUGUUUAAAAAAUGAAUACUGCCCCAACUUCAGAAAGUGGAUCAUAUUCCACAAACAACACAAGACCCUUUUUUUAUGCACAGCCAACAGCACAACAGCCUUUACCAAGUCCAUGGUACUUCAGCCAUGCAUACAGUCCGUACUGUGUACCUGCUCCAGGCUUCCGAAGUGGAAAUCCAUAUUUUCCAUUUUAUUCUGUUGCGCUCCAUGAGUACCCUGGAUUUUUUGUUCCACAGCAUCCAAUGCAUGCAAGAACUAGCAGGAGGCCUUAUUUUAAUGUUCCCCCACCUUCCCCUAUGUUUUAUCAUGCAACAAGAUUUAGACACUAUAGUACCUCUGGAAAAAAAAUGGAGACAAAAGAAACACAGACUGAUCCUAGACAGCCUGAAAACAAGCAAAAAAAGCAUCAAGAUAUCCAUAUAGAAACAAAAGGUUGUGAUGCAGGAAAUAUGGCCUGUGUUUCUUCUGGUAUAGGUACAGAGACUGAAAGUACUUCAGAGAAACAAGAUUCAUCUGGAUCUUCCAUUGCAGUGGACAGAGAGUUUCAUAACAAGAGCCCUUCGAGCUCUACGCAGUAUAGAAAUCUUCCUACUGGAAGCUAUGCCUUUGAGAAGGAGGAAGUGAGGAUAGAAUAUGGAAAUGGGUCUCCAGCUAUUCAGCUGUGGAAGUCCUUUAAAGAAACGAUCCCUUUGUAUGAUGUGGCAAGUGGUAAAUCAGUCCCAGAGAAUAUAGUGCAGCGUGACUUAUUUUCUGUUAGCUCAUGUGAAGGAAUGGUAUAUGGCCCUCAUGAAGGGGAGAAAAUGGUGCCAGGAGCUUCCUUGGAUGAGAGAAAAGCUGUUCUCUCCUCAAAACAGGGUGUUGAAACUGUACAAGAAAAAGAGGUCCAAAAUAAUGAAGUGAAGCUGGAUGCAAAAAAGCAGGCAAAUGCAAGUCAGCGGGCAAAAUCCCCCCCAGGUGAAACCAUGGCAAUGCAAAUUGCAGAGCUGGCAAGACCUGUUGGCAUAGAUCAACCAGUGGUAAGACAGGAUGUGGUGGUAGCUAAGAAAUCUAGCUCUAAAAAACCUACAAGCUCAAAAGCUUCUCGAGAAGAGCCCAGCUUUGUUCAACAAACAGGACUACUUCCAUCUGGUAUGGAGGUAAUGAGUGACUUGAGUUUCCAGCAGAAAAAGCUGAAUCUAAGCCACAACACAACCAAUGAAAGUCAAACAGAUAAAAGUAUUUGGUGUGACGAAUCAACUGAGAAUUAUGUUCCCUCUAACGGUUUGCUGGGUUGUUUGGAUGGUACAAAUACAAACUACAACUACGAUGUUUGUUUGCCACAAAGGAAACGUCAAAGUGUACUCAGUCUUUCUUCUGAUGACAUGUCCUCUAGAGAGGAAGGCUCAUCAACUGAUAAUGCCCCAGUGUCUUAUUUUGUCCCUGACUAUGUGCUUCAGAAAAGCAUGUAUACUUUCCAGAAAAAUACAGAAGGCUUAGAGAAAGAGAAAAUUAAAAGUGGUGGGUCCCUUAAUGAAGAAGAAGUAGUAGUAAGGGAGCAGAUGAACAGCUUGAAUGACCAAGACGUCAAAAACUCUUCAACCAUGAAGAUUAAAGAGGCUUCCAGUAAAGGCAGAAAGCUGGGAACCCUUCCUAGAUCACCUAGUUGGAAAAAAGUCAAUUCUCUCAAGAAAAAAGCAUCUAAGAGUUUGUCAGAAGUUGAGGACUCUGAAGAAUACUCUGUGAAGGGAGAAGAGGAGGAUGAAGAUGGAGCGGAUGAGGAAGAUGAUGCCACAGAUGAAACUGAGUAUUUCUUUCAAGAAGCCACUCAAUAUGGAAUCUUGAUGCCUAGUAAAGGAAGUUUCUACCAAGUUGGUCAGAGGGUGCUUUGGAAACCACCUGAAAAUGCUAUACCAGCUCAAUUGAUUAGCUGGCCUGCUCAAAAGAAAAUAAAAACUAGGAGUGGGCUUGGUAAAAACAUUGGUGUAGUUUACAAGCCAAAGGAGAAAGAACAAGAUGAAGUCAUAUACAGUGACUAUGGGUAUUAUGGAAGAAAGAGGUCUACAGCAAGAAAAGGAGGACCUGAACACCAGCAAACACUACAGAAAAUCUUGGAAGGAAGGCUGUUAAGGGAGAGUGUGGGGAUACCAGCUGAAGAGUAUUGGAUUAGAAGAGGUGCUAAACCCAAAUUUACCAGCCAAAUACAUGGUAGUCCCUCGCUCCCAGCCAAGAGCAAAGAACAAGGUACAACAUAUUUCCUCAAUGUGGUUCUUGAGGAACAUUCAAAAGGAUAUGAUACAAAACAGCAAGCUUGUGAUACUUGGAUAAAAUUUGAAGAUGCUAAAACUAAUUUUCAUGGCUCUAAUAUUGAUGAAAUGCCUAGGGAAGAGAGAAAGAGGAGCACUACAGACCAGCUGGGGAAAGCCAAGCUUAAAUUUGCUUUAAGACUAUGCUUUGGAGAAAUAACAUCAGUUGUACCUUGCUUUUCAGGGUGCCCACCUUUGGUCAAACCAAAGAAGAAAAGAAUAGGCAAGCCACCCUCAAAACGCAGAGACAUGAGAUGUGAGGCAGAAGAAGUGUGGGAGAUGCCUAAAAGCAGUGUAUGUAAAGGUUGGUAUACAGCAACAAGCUACAAAAAUGUUAAAGCGUUUCUUUCAUUUCUGUCUCAAGGAAUAAUGGGUCUCGGUUUGAACUGCAAGGAUAUUGGAAGCUUGUGAGAUAAUAGCAAAUGCUAUGUAUGUAGACAAGAUGAGGAAAAAAGCAAGCUUUUUUUUUUGAACACUUACAUUACUAUGAAUACAGUUGUAGGUUUGAGCGGGUUAGGUCCCUUCUUUUAAGGGAAGGAGGCAGGGCUGGGGAGCCCAAACCCCACUAUUUUAGUCUGGUUGCUCUUCAAACUGUUCUACUAACUUCUUAAAAUAUUGGGUCCUGUGUCACUUUGCAGUGUAUAUUUUUUUUUAAGCUACAGGUCUGUCUCGGCUAAAAUACUGUAAUUUGUUACAACACAAAUGCAUAUAGAUAAUUCUUAAUAACUUCAACCUUGUGGAG